UGCCAGGGCAACGAUGCUAUGGAAGAGCUUGAGCGAUGUGGCUGGGCGAGGCGCUGCGAUUGUGCAAUGUGUGUGCUUUAUGGAUGUCUUCUCCAAUCACGUCCUCCAGAUUCAACAGUGCAUUGGACCCAGUAUGCUUCCAACGUUUAAUAUACGAGGGGACAUCCUGGUGACCGAGCGAUUGUCGGUAAAGCUUGGGAAAAUCAGAGUCGGGGACGUUGUCAUGGCGAGAUCACCAUCCGAUCCACGCAUGGUAGUCUGCAAGAGAAUCCUUGGCCUGGAGGGUGACACCAUCACUGUGUUCUAUCAUUUGCAGAUACCGAAGGGACAUGUCUGGCUUCAAGGGGAUAACUUCCACAAGUCGAGAGACUCGCGGGAGUAUGGGCCAGUGCCUUCUGCAUUGCUCCAGGGCAGGGUGUUUUACCGGAUUUGGCCCCCUCAAGGUUGGGGUUUUGUGGGUAGGAUACCAUCGCAAUCUGUGUAAGUUGGAGAGGGAUUUAGACCGUCAGGAAUGAAAAUUGUGUUGUCAUCAAGACUCUAGUAUCUUAUCCUCCAGCAGCUCCGGAGCAACUUUACAUCUUUAUCUCCUAAUAGGGAGCUCUUGAUCCAUAUCUGAAAUAGUGAUGGAAAGCUCAGGCUUGGAGAGUC